ACUAAUCAAAAUCAGCUGUGACCCAUCAAAAAAAUGUCUAAUUUGCGGCGCCAGGCUCUCAGUGCCUUCAAGAAGCUCCAUCGCACGCGGCAGUACGUAUUCGAUGGCGACGUUCGGGCGUUGGAAGAGGCACGUCAGAAAAUCAACGACGAAUUUCGGCAGAACCGAGUCGUGACCGACCAGGAUGAUAUUCAGAACAAGAUCAAACUGGCGGAGGAAUGUGCCCAAGAGCUGCGCGCUAAUGUUAUCCAGGCCCACAAACGAGAGGACGGCGUAUAUGAGCUCCGCAUAACGCCAGAGACGACACGAAUGGACAAUGUAGUCUUCAAUCCGGAUGCCAUCAUCGAGUCGCCUCGAAAACGCCGUGGGGCCAAACCCACAGAAGGCUGCUGUGGUGGCGCGGCGAUGGCGGCGCUCGAGGCGGAGGUGGCAGCUCGUAAGAAGUAGAGAACUAGAAACAUUUUAGAUGUAGUCAAAAUCCUGUGUAUGUUCCAGUCAAGAAAAUCGCUUUAUUUUAUUUUC